ACUACAAACUCAUCAUUUGUAUCCCACUAAGCUACAGAGGCAAAAGAGUUAAAAAUCACGUGGGUAGCUCGGGCAAUGUUGUCACUCCGGCCCAUAAGUAGAAAAAAAUCUCGAUGUACCUAUUUGAGGACAGAGAACAAAGAAAUCUCUGCAUAUAAAUAAGUGCAGUCUCUGCAGCAGCAGCAGUACAGCAGGCAUCACUCACGCGAGCACUUCCCACUUCACUUUCAGCGGCGGAGCUCGAGGAUACAGGAGGAGGAUGCGGGUCUCCGGGCUUCUGGCAUGCGCUUUCGCUCUGCAUGUGCUCCUGACCGCGAGAUGCUUGCCUUUACACGGGGGACAAGGACUGGCGAAGCACAAAGAGUCCCCGGGUUUGUCAUAUAUUCCUCAUUUGCACUCUGAGAAGAGGAGAGGCAGAGUCCCUCACCCACAGGACACCUUCAAACCUCCAGCAUGGCCGAAAGAAGAGCCACAUAUCAACACACCACUCAGGAACAGCUCCAGGGCCACUGGUCCUAAACGUUGUGGCGUGCCAGACUAUCCCGAACAGAGAGAUGUGCAUCUCCGCCAGAAACGAUAUGUGCUCUUUGGAGGACGCUGGCCAAAAACUGACCUCACCUACAAAAUCCAGCGCUUUCCAUGGCAGAUGCGUGAGGAUAAAGUGAGGCGGAUUUUCCAAGAGGCUCUGAAGGUCUGGAGUGAUGUCACGCCCCUCACCUUUACUGAGGUCGUCAACCAGGAGGCCGACAUCGUCAUUGACUUUACAAGGUACUGGCAUGGUGAUAAUUUGCCUUUCGAUGGCCCUGGUGGGAUCCUGGCUCAUGCGUUUUUCCCGAGGACACAUCGAGAAGGAGACAUUCAUUUUGAUUACGACGAGUCUUGGACAGUUGGGAAUGAACUUGGAACGGAUCUUCUUCAGGUGGCAGCCCAUGAGUUUGGUCACGUACUGGGUCUACAGCACUCUCUGGUGCCUGGAGCCAUCAUGUCCCCAUUUUACAGCUUCUCCUAUCCUCUCAAGCUCAGCGAGGAUGACAAGAAGGGGAUCCAGUACCUGUACGGACCCCCAGUGCGAGCUCAGCCACAAAUCCCAGCAGAAACCAAUGACAUUCCCAGUGCAUUCCCACCUGACGCUUGUCACACAGAUUUCGAUGCUGUGUCUAUAAUCCGUGGGGAAUUGUUCUUCUUCAAGGCCAGCUAUGCGUGGCGCAUCAGGGAUGGCCGUCUGCAGGCCGGAUACCCUGCGCUGGCCUCCCGACACUGGAGUGGCAUUCCACAGAAAAUAGACGCCGCCUAUGAAGACAAAAAGGGCAAUAUCUGGUUCUUUGAAGGUUCCAACUACUGGGUGUUUGAUGCCGAGCACAGGAUUAAAGGACCAGACUCUCUACUAUCUUUAGGCCUCCGUGUCUCAAACAUUCAGGCCGCGCUGCGUGUAAAGGAGCACCACAGCCAGCACACAUACUUCUUCAAGUCUGGAAACUACUGGCGUUUGGAUCCUCAAGAGAACCGAGUGGACACGUCUGCCCCCCGGCGGAUCCAGCAAGACUGGUGGGGUGUUCCUGAGGAGAUUGAUGCUGCCUUCCAGGAGGCCAGCGGCUUUGUGGUCUUCAUCAGCCGCCGGCAGUACUGGAAGUUUGACCCAGUUCAGCGGAAGGUUUUGGAAGGUUAUCCACGCUACAUCGGUGCUGACUUCUUCGGAUGUAACAUGCCAUAAAUCCUCAGGAAACCCUCUUGCAUCAUUCACACACUCUGGUCUGAAGCAUACAGUGUACAUUUCGGUAAGAUUUUACAAUAAGGUUCCAUUGGUUAACGCGUUUACUAGCAUGAACAAACAAAAAACAACAAAAUAUUAUAAAACAAUUUAAUAGAUUAUCAAUAGAUUUUAUUUUAAUCAUCAAUUUAAUCUAGAUGUUAUUAAAUCAAAUCAGUGUUAGGUUUUUACCUCACAGUUCAUUAACUAAUUUUAAAUAAACGCUCAACUUUUUUUGGAAAUAUUCUCAUUUUACAAGUCCCCUAGAAUUAAACUGUUGAUUUUACAAUUUUUAGCUUAGCAUAGCAUAGAUCAUUAAAUCGUAUUAGACCAUUAGCGUCUCGCUGAAAUAAUAAUUUUCCUAUUUAAAGUUUAAUGGAGUAAUAGUCCUGAAUUUAUGCAGGGCUGUUACCUGAACUACUUGACAAAAGUCUUGUCGUCGAUCCCAGUUGUAAGAACAAUAAAUAAUAACUUGUCUUCUAGUUGAUCAUUUGGAAAAGUGUCAGAAGGU